AUGAUAGUGCAAGAUUUGAGUUCUUUGGAGGCAGAAAGAGGGGCAUGGAGUUGCAAAAUGCACUGUAUUGGUAAUUUUUUGGGUGGUAUGGAUAGAGGUAUAGGAGGAUCUUUGAGGAAGGGGCGAGGAGGUGGAUCUUGUGGGAGAGGGUUUGAUUUUGGGCAUCCCUUUGGCGGAGAUCGAACAAAAAAUGUUUCUGUCAUCGGCUCUGAAUGGUUUAUCAUACAUUUCAUACAUGGCAUCGCAGAUGACAUUAAGGCAAGUAGCUGCUUCAGGUUUUUAACUGUUUGGAAUGGCAAUGAUGACAAAUUGUCUGGUUUGUCACGGUUUGGGUCCUACCCAUCUAUAGCAGGUGAGGAUAAGCUCAACUUUGGCGUUGAUGUUCCAUGUUGUCACACUUUCCAUCUAUUCAUUUGCACAGUUGGUGGCCAUUCUUAUACUCAAGACAAUAGAGACCAGACAUCUGUCAUUGUGCAUGCAAAUAUCUGGUGCAGAACCAAAGGAGAACCAGCUGGGGGAGCUCAGAAGCGUAUUUCAAGUGGGAACUCCUUAACUGAUUGUGAAAUUAAAAUAUUUCUUCUCCUUAUUAGAGCAGUGCUGCCCAGUUAUAGUGAGACAGAAGUAUCGGGAUCUGCGAAGGAAAGAGGAUUAUGUGGCAAAUUGAAUAAGUUUGUUCUGGCCUAUAGUGGUGGCUUAGACACAUCAGUCGUUGUUCCGUGGCUAAGGGAGAACUACGGCUGUGAUGUUGUUUGCUUCACAGCCGAUGUUGGUCAAGGUUUAAAAGAAUUGGAAGUUCUAGAAAAGAAGGCCAAGGCCAGUGGGGCUUCUCAGUUAGUAGUAAAGGAUCUAAAGGAGGAGUUUCUCAAAAAAUUAAGAGACCAGAUGGCCGAAGGUCCCGAUGAGGGCGAGGUCUAG